AUGGGAUUGGUCGGCAAACAAGCUUUUGAAUUACCUGAUGGUAAGCAACCGGCGCCGCCAUGGACACUCGCAAAGUUACGACGCUUCGAAUGGGUGGUCGUCCGCCCCAUAGAUCCAGGGGAGGUGGUGACCCUUCACCUGUUGACUCGAGUCCGUUGGGGCGCGCCCCGAGUACUCGGCGUCUACCGCCUCGGCCUUCAGAUUGUGGUCACAGAUGGCCAAAUAUCCGUAACAGACACACUCGUCGAUGAAAGAAACAAACCAGUACCGGUCGGCAAACGAGCAGUCGAAUUACUUGAUGGUAAGCAAUCAGCGCCGCCCAUGGACACUAGCAACGGUACAGUUACGAGCUUGGUGAGUGACGACGGCACGACACGACAGGGUAAAAUAAUAAUUAUUCCGCGCGUGCCUCAAAGAGACUAUGGACUACCACAGACGGGGCCCUAG